UGACGCCCGUCACAGAGUUUCUUCCUGCGCCUCAAAGCCAUUUGUUCCAUCGAUUAGAACCUAUAAAUACGGAUUAGCCAUUUGACACUUCAUUCAUCUCUUCAUUGGAGCCUCUUCUUCCGCUUCGAACUCUGUUUCUCUCUCGGUUUCGAUUUUUUCCACGGCUUUAAUUUGCGAAUUUUAGGUCUAAUCGACGAUUCCGUGUAAUAUGUGUGAUAUAGCGGAUACGAGAAUGGAAAACGAGGGGAAAGAGAACGGCGAAUUCAGCUUCGCGAGCGGCGGAGGAGAUACUGGAAGGAGAGGACUCCCGAAGAUCCACACGGAGAGAAUCACGGUGGCGACGGAGAGAGAUAUAUGCCACGACGAUAGCACGACGCCGGUGAGAGCUCGGACCAUCGAUCAGCUUCACUCUCUUCAGAAAAAGCAAUCGACGCCAACAACUCCGAUGACCGACGCUCACGGCGCCUUUUCCCCUGUUUCCGACGCCGAACGCCAGAAGCAGCAGCUCAAAUCCAUCAGUGCGUCGCUGGCGUCGCUGACGAGGGAAACUGGGCCGAAGGUGGUGAGAGGCGAUCCAGAGAAAAAGGCCGAGGCCCACAAAGCGACGGUACUGGACCAUCACUAUUUCGACGAGCCCAUUCUGAAUUUGAGCGACAGUGCUCUCAAGUUCACCCACAUCCUCUACAAUCUCUCCCCCGCCGAGCUUUACGAGCAAGCGAUCAAGUACGAGAAAGGGUCAUUCAUAACGGCGACGGGGGCUCUUGCCACGCUUUCUGGAGCCAAAACGGGAAGGUCCCCAAGAGACAAACGAGUGGUCAAAGAUGAGACCACUCAAAACGAGCUUUGGUGGGGAAAGGGGUCGCCCAAUAUUGAGAUGGAUGAACACACCUUCUUAAUCAAUAGAGAGAGAGCCGUGGAUUAUUUGAACUCGCUGGAUAAGGUAUUUGUGAAUGAUCAGUUUUUGAACUGGGACCCUGAACACAGAAUCAAAGUCCGUAUCGUCUCUGCCCGAGCUUAUCAUUCCCUGUUCAUGCACAAUAUGUGCAUUAGACCAACUGCUGAAGAGCUUGAGGACUUUGGCACUCCAGAUUUCACAAUAUACAAUGCUGGGCAGUUUCCAUGUAAUCGCUACACCCAUUAUAUGACUUCUUCCACCAGCAUAGAUAUGAAUCUUGCUAGGAAGGAAAUGGUUAUUCUUGGUACUCAAUAUGCUGGGGAGAUGAAAAAGGGCCUCUUCAGUUUAAUGCAUUAUCUCAUGCCAAAGCGCCAGAUCCUCUCUCUUCACUCUGGCUGCAACAUGGGCAAAGAUGGAGAUGUGGCCCUUUUCUUUGGAUUGUCAGGUACUGGAAAAACCACGUUGUCUACCGAUCAUAAUAGGUACUUAAUUGGAGAUGAUGAACAUUGCUGGAGUGAUAAUGGCGUCUCGAACAUUGAAGGCGGUUGUUAUGCCAAAUGUAUCGACUUGUCGAGGGAAAAGGAGCCUGAUAUUUGGAAUGCUAUCAAGUUUGGGACUGUACUUGAGAAUGUGGUGUUUGAUGAGCACACCAGAGAAGUCGAUUACUCGGAGAAAUCUGUUACAGAGAACACUCGUGCUGCAUAUCCCAUAGAAUACAUACCUAAUGCUAAAAUUCCAUGCGUCGGCCCUCAUCCAAAGAAUGUAAUUCUUCUGGCUUGUGAUGCAUUUGGGGUUCUCCCACCAGUGAGCAAGCUGAGCUUGCCCCAGACCAUGUACCAUUUUAUCAGUGGCUACACUGCUUUGGUGGCUGGAACUGAGGAUGGUGUGAAAGAGCCACAGGCAACAUUCUCAGCUUGUUUUGGAGCAGCAUUUAUAAUGCUGCACCCGUCCAAGUAUGCAGCCAUGCUAGCUGAGAAGAUGAAAAAACACGGCGCCACGGGAUGGCUCGUGAACACUGGUUGGUCGGGAGGGAGAUAUGGGAGUGGUAACCGGAUCAAGUUAGCCUACACGAGGAAGAUAAUCGACGCGAUCCACUCGGGAUCCCUUUUGGAGGCAAACUACACCAAGACUCAAGUGUUUGGGCUUGAGAUUCCUGAUGCCAUUGAGGGAGUUCCUUCAGAAAUCCUGGAUCCAAUAAACACUUGGUCGGACAAAGACGCGUACAAGGAGACGCUACUGAAGCUGGGGGCUCUGUUCACAAAGAACUACGAAGGGAUGCAUACUUACCAGUUGGAGAGGGACAGUAAACUAGCUGAGGAAAUUCUCGCAGCUGGUCCCAUUUUGUAAUAAAAGAACGGUGACAAGAAUUUGGGUGGAGGAUGUUGUCUUCGGAGUUGUUAAUGUGUGAAAGCUUCAAAGUUGGAGUUUUUGCGGAUAAAUAGAUGUACUGGUAGUUACUUUCCUGUGAUUUCUCAAGCAAUGUUAUAAAAUAAGAAAUUAUGUAACAGUUUAUAAUAUAAACUUUAUAUUACCUGUAUUGUAAUGUGUUUAUUAAAAAAGAAGAGCGAGAGAGAGAGGUGUGAUGCUAUAGAGGGUGUUUCUUUUCAAGGUCUGUACUGUUGCAUGGGGUGGUUUUAUAUUAUGUUUGUAUAGCACAAUUUGCAGAUGUAAUGUAAUUGGUUUACAAUCUCUGAUUUAAAUAUGAUGUUCUUAUCAUUAGAAUA